UGAAGGAAAGACUUCUAUAGUUUGCCAGUGGUGAGAGGGACAGUGAGAGGACACAGUAGUAAAGUCUCCUUUGUUUGGCCAGUGGAAGUAAACGUAACAUUGACCACGUGACCAAAACCAGGAAGUGCAUUGACUGUCAACAAUAAAAGGAAAGAGAUGACUUCUGCAGACUGGCACCUGUCUUUGAAGCUGGUGGAUCAGCCAAAAUCCAUCUUCCACUUCCCAGAGAUGAUGCCAGGGGAUGUUCCACCUGGAGGAUACAGAGUCGCCACCUUAAAACAACUUGUAGCAGCUCAGCUCCCAGACAACAUCCCAGACCCUGAACUAAUAGAGUUGGUCCACUGUGGGCGGAAACUUAAAGAUGAUCUAACACUGGAUGCCUGUGGGAUUCAACCAGGAUCCACCUUACACAUCCUCAAAAAGACUUGGCCAGAGCCAGAGAGCAGUCCAGAGCCUGUGAAUAGAGCAACUGCAGCCAGGGAGUUCAGGGUGUUUCAUGCUGCUCUUCACUCUCUCAACUCUGCCUACAGAGACUCGGUAUAUAAAAUGCUUACAAAUAAAGAGUCCCUGGAUCAGAUCAUUGUGGCUACACCAGGGCUCAGGUCAGAUCCAGUUGCCCUAGGUGUGCUCCAAGACAAAGAUCUUUUUGUGCAGUUCACAGACCCCAACAUGCUGGAUGUAUUAAUCAGUACACACCCAGCCCUUGUCAACGCCAUCAUUCUGGUGCUACACUCUGUGGCAGGCAGUAUGCCCGCUCAGUCCAGUGCCAGCUCCUCUCGCAACGUCUCUUCCAGUUCCUACAGUGAUAUGCCUGGCGGCUUCAUGUUUGAGGGCAUGUCUGAUGACGAGGAAGAUUUCCAAUCUGGGAGCCCAGCAGGACCCUCCAACAGAGCAGGGGGCUCAGCAGGAAUACGACCAGUGUCUCUGAGCCACAGUGGAGCGACAGGCCCUCGACCAAUAACACAGAGUGAGCUGGCAACAGCUUUGGCCCUCGCUAGCACUCCUGACAGCAGUGCAGUCACUCCCACAACAGCAAGCCAGUCUGACCCCUCCAGUGGUGUAGCUCCCAUGCCAGCAGGGACCCCAGUCAGUAACGAUCUCUUCAGCCAGGCUCUACAGCAAGCUCUUCAAGCCACCAACAUGUCUGCCCUACAGGGCCGCUGGCAGUCCCAGAUGCAGCAGCUUCGGGACAUGGGGAUCCAGGAUGAGGAGCUGAUGCUCAGGGCGCUGCAGGCCACAGAUGGUGACAUCCAGGCUGCCCUCGAGCUCAUAUUUGCUGGAGGCCCGGGACUUUGAGCUCAUACCCAACGGACAGAGGCUUUUAUAGAGGAGAGAGCAGGAGAAAGCCUGUAAAGCUGUUGUCCAGAAAUGAUAAAUUAUGGCUUUAGACAUACAAUAUGUACAUUUUUCUAUUAUUACCCAAUUAACCUUUUAAUAUACAGUACAUACAUCACCUUUUCAACUGAGCUCCUCAAAGGUCGUGACAGCUUUUUCUUAUGGAUGUGACGAGACUUAUAAUAAAUUUAAUCAUGCUAACCUCUCAAA